GUAAUGACGAUCGUGAUGACGGUUGGCCACCGAUUCUAGAACGCUUAGUAGGCUACGUGUCGAGGAGAACAACCGGCCCCUUGGUUGGUGUGGUGUGGUGUGUUCUACAACACACAAGUUUAGCGCGAGUCUUCUUCUAAUAGUGCUGGAUCGGCUCAUAUGGUGAUGUGUAUUUGCUUUUCUCGGAUGAAAAUGAGUGCUUCUCUUCUCCUGAAGUUAGUCGCCGAAGCAGCAGCGGCAGGGCUCUUUAUACUAGAUGCUUUGGACGCGCGGCGAAGCAUUCCGUGUUAGAACGCCGACUACGGUGAACGUGUGUGUUUUUGUCAGAAGUCGCGGCCUGUUGCAAGUCUGGAAGUGUGUUACUAGCCGAAGAACGAAGAAGUGUGGUGGUGCUGUGUUGGUGCGCUCAAGAAGAAAAGUGAAAGAAGUGGCACAAUUAUUCCACAAUUCUCGAAGAAAGGACAAACACACUUGCACACACAACCUACUGGUGUUAUCCCUCACCAGCCCUGCACCGUCUUCUGGCACAACAUCUGGCCUGUCUUCUCGACGUACUCGUCUUCAUUCUUCGUAGGUCCACCCGAAACCCGAAAGCGCAAUCGAACCCUUCUAGUUAGUUACUUUGCUUAGUGUUUUCCGUGUGAGAGAAGAAGAAACUUAAAACACACAACACAGAAUUCCGUCAACCACCCCAACAGCAGCGCGAACCCAGGCCAACGAAGAAGAACAAAUGCUUCUGGAAUGAAUUGUCAUUGACGUCCCCAACCGGAAGCUCUGCGGCGCGCGGCCCUGCCGCUCGGCCAACCCUGAAGCAUGGACGCACCGUCGAUGGUCCAGCGCGACGGGGACAAACUGAUCGUGCGACGUGUCGUCAGCGGUGAAGAAGUGUUUCUCAGCAGCAGCAACAACAACAACAACAGCGCAUCCUCCGGCAAGGAUCAUCAUCAUCAGCAGCAGCAAUCCCAGUCGAGGCCAUCGAGCCGGGCUUCGUACGCGGACAGUUUCAAGCUUCUUUCGGGCGAGGAAGACCUCAGCAAGUUUGGGCUGAUUCUCGAGGACAGUUCGGGAAAGAGUGAUUCCGGCGGCGGGGUUCGUAACAACAAUAACAGCAUCAACAACAAUAGUACAAGUGAGUGCGCCGAGCAGCAGCUGCCCCAGUGCAAGAUCAAGCGGAAUUACUCGUGCAGCAGCUGUACGUACUUUACGCAGAACCCGCGCAAAUAUCUGACCCACUUGCGGGAUGUGCACGGCGAGAAGAUCAUCAUCAACGAGUGCAAACGGUGCCUGUAUGCGUCCCGGCACUACCAGAAGCUGGUGCGCCACAUGAAGAUGGUCCACGGCUCGACGGACGGCAUCAAGACUCCGUUUAGCUCGCGACGGCGCGGAACCUUCCGGAAGGAGUUUUUCAAGAAGAACAAGUUCAAAAUGAACAACAACAACCCGGUGACGCCCGGUGGCGGAAGUGGGGGUGGGGUUGGUGGCAGCGGAAGUGGACCAAGUGAAUCUCAGUUCAGUCUGAGCAGCAGUGCAAACUACAUUAACCAGCUGAUGAAGAGCAAUCUGAGUAAAAUGUUCAGUGGGGUGAAUGGGGGCAGUGGCGGCGGCAGUGGGGGAGGAGUUGGCGGGGGUGACAGUUCUACGGAGAAUUCACUCUUUUUCCCAGGCAACUUUAAACCCGGCGGCGGGCUAACACUGGCCGAGCAAGCGCAGCAGUUAUCGUCGCAGCUGAAGGGCUCAUCAAACAUAAAUAUCUUUACUGAUAACGGCGGCACCUCGUCGACUUCGUCGCACCAGCUCGGCGAUUCGGUAAACAACGACGUGCUGGCCAUGUUGCAGCACAAUCUGGUGGACAAGGGCAAGCAGUUGACGAUCACCCCGGCGGGGAGCAGCGGCAGCGAGAUGGCGUCGUCCAAGGCGAAGAAGCGUCCGCGGCCCAUUCCGGAUCUGAUUCCGUUGCACAGUAUUAGCCAGCUUCAUCUGACGGGGGAGGCGGGCAAGACGUACCACCUGAACCCGGAGGUGACGAUCAAGACGAGGGUGGCGAGUGGCGAGAAUAACAGCAGCUCGGCUGAUCGCGUUGUUAUAGUGGACGACGACGAUAGUCCGAUUAACUUGACGGCCGAUCAUCAUCAGCAAGAUGAUAAGGGAGGUGGCCUGCAGCAUCAGUGUAUUUUCUGCCAGAUCAUGGUGAGAACAACGGACGACCUGGCACUGCAUCUGCGGACGUUCCACAGUGAUGAGUUGUUUGCGCUGUUACUGCAAAAGAAGCCUGAGGAAAGCGGGCAGGUCGAGCCGCCGCAGCAGCAGCAACAGCAGCAGGUGCAGCAACCUCCGCAGUUGUUUUCCGCUGAAACGCUGACGAUCGACAUCUGGAAGAGGCUACUGGAGAACAACAAAGCGAUCCUGGAGGAGCAGGAAGCUCGGGAGCACGACAGCGAAAUGCAGUCCGGACAGUUUUCCAACGAUGAAGACGAUUCGGAAACGGUCGAGUCGGCAAUCAGCAAGAACGACACAUAUUGCGGAGUGGAGACAGCUCCCGGGUACGGAGAAGUAACGAGUAAGAUCAACCUGGACGGAACACCGGCUCCAUCGACGGCGAUCAUGAAGAAGGUCUUCAAGUGUCCGCACUGCUCGUUCUGGGCGUCAACGGCGUCCCGCUUCCACGUACAUAUCGUGGGUCAUCUGAACAAGAAACCCUUUGAAUGUUCGCUCUGUGCGUACCGGUCCAACUGGCGAUGGGACAUAACGAAGCACAUCCGCCUGAAGACGAUCCGCGAUCCAAGCCACAAGAACGCCGGCGUUCUGAUGAACGAUGAAACGGGCCGGCGGAACUACACCAAGUACAACCGGUACAUAACGCUGAUGAAGGUCACCGACAACAGCUUCAAGGACGCUUCGUCCAGCUCGAAAGCCAUGAUGCUGGAAGCGAACCAGGCCGACUACCUGGCGAUGUGUAAAUCUGGCGAUCAAUCUUCGGGCGGAUCGUCCUCUUCGCUAGCCGGCCCGAACGCGUUCAACUCGCUGGCCAAGAUGUACUCCAGCGAGGAGCUCGCCCAGGCGUUCAACCUGGCCAACAUGAACCAGAUGGCGCGGUACGAGCCGGAAAUGCUGCAAUCGUUGAUGGCCGGCGGCUUACCCAAGACGCUACCCCCAACCGACGAUGAAGUUCCGUCCGCACCGAAGGUGGCCUUCAAGUGUAAAAAGUGCAAUUUCAAGAACCCCUUCCGCGAGAUGGUCCUGCUGCACAUCAAGUCGACCCACCUGAGCGGUUCUUCGGACAAGUCCGGCGCCGACGCCGAGAUCGACCUGUGCGAAGACCAACACCAGCAGCACGACCAACCUUCGGCGGAGCCCUCGGCCGAAAGUCCCGCGCCAACAAACAACAGUACGCACAACCAUCACCCCACACUAUCCCCGCUCAGAACCGCAACAACCACAUCCAGAACAUCAACGUCCUCACCGGGUUUGGUGGUGCCGGUUACGUCGAGUCCCCGACGCGGGGUCGUCGUCGGUGGUUUGGCGGCCCCGACAGUGGAUAAUAGUGGGUCCUCCUCUUCCGGUGGUGCUGGUUCUGCGACGGCGGUGGCCAAUUCACCGCCGAGUGGCGGGGGCGGCGGCGGAACCGUCGUUGGCUUCCCCAGUAACAAUUAUACCACUACUAACGCUACUACAUUAAUUGGUGUCGGAUUAAACCUUACUCAGGCUGUUGUAGCUAAUGACAAUCGGUUGGGAACAACUUCAACCUUCACCUCCUUCAGUAACAGUAACAGUACUAUCCCCACUACUACUACUACUUCUACUAGUGUCGUGUCGUGUGGUGGUGAGGUGGACAAUAGUAGAACAAUCGGAGUGAGCACUCCUUCUACCCAAACCAAUACGCAUAGUUCCACCAAUUCAACGGGCAUUAAGGGAACUUCUUCGCCACCAACGGCGUCGAACGCGUCGUCGUCGUCGUCGUCGUGGCGGCCGAGUGCCCCGUACCGGUGCGGUCAUUGUCAUCAGGUGUCCAAUUGGAAGCAUGUUAUUCAGAGACACUGCCGUUUAAAGCAUAACGGCAACGUGCUGAUCGAGAUGGUCAACACUGCUGCAAAACAGCAACAACAAAAUCAACCACUUACAACAACACCAACAACUUCUUCUUCAAACCAACAACAACCACAACAGCCGGCAACGGGCGUGUCGCAAAACGUAACUGAUUUACGCAAUUUGAAGAAAGUGCGAAAGCCAUUUCAAUCAUUCGACUCAGUUUCACAGGAUAUCACCGUACAGCCGGUCACGCUGCACCCGAUAGAGCUGGUGCCCGAGGUCAGCCUGGUGGUCCAGGAGAUGCCGAUGGUGCUGAUUCCGAUUGGUGACGGUGGUGGUCCCCCUCCCCUGACGCUCCUGUCCCCCGGCCCACCUGUGCCACUGACGACGACGACGCUUCCGACGACCUCAACAACUCCCAUGACAUUCAUUAACCUGACGGAGGAAUUCUCGAUGGAACUCCCACCGUUGGUUAGGACGACGACGACGACUGUGACUCUACCGACGCCAAUGCAGCAAACCGAUACCAGUGACGGAGUGACCGAGCCGGAACCGGAGCCGGAGCAGGAAGUGGUUCCGGUUGCGAGUAGCUCACGCUCCAAGCGAUACCAGUGUCCGGCGUGUCCGUACGUGACGGACAGCAAGACCCAGUUUGCGUACCACAAAUCGUUCCACAGACCACGUGGCGAUCCGUACCAGUGUAGCGAAUGCUCGUACAACGUCACCAAGAAGCACCUGUUGAUUCAGCACCAGAAAACGCACACGCACAGCACUGCUUCACCAGUUAGUGAAGCGCCGGCCAAACAACCUUUGGGCGAACUGUCCCUAGUGAUGGGCAACGCGACCAAGUCCAGUGGUCUAACUCCGGCGGAGAUCCUCGAUCUGACGAAGAAUAUGGGCCACGAAGUCAGCAUAACGCCGGCGAUCAACAACUCCAGCAGCAGCAACUCCACCGGCAAAGGUCAACUGGUCCCCAAGAUCGUGUACUACUGCAAGAACUGUCCAGCGCGAUACCUGGACGAGAGCGAGAUCGUGAUCCACCAGAACAAGCACCACCAGCAGGACAAGUACAAGUGCGACCUGUGUUCGUUCUCAACCUGUGACGAGUCCGGAAUUGCGAACCACCGGAACGUCCACGGACUCAACUACCGCAUCGUAACGGCAGAACUUCGCCGGCACAACGUCGAAAGCGAACGACAUCCGCGGCCCAAGAUCAUAUCGAUUCGCGUCGGUGACCGGGAUAAGACUUGGGUCGUCAAAAAGGACUACGAAGCGAUGCAACCGCCUGAAUCGGACGAACCAAUCUUGGUGGAAGAUCCCAUCGUAAUAGAAGAUUCUGCUGCGGUCGAAGACCCUGUCGUUGUGGUAGAAGAUCCCGUCCCAGUGGUGGAAGAUUCCGCCCCAAUUGAAGACCCUGUCAUCGUGGAAGACCCUGUCAUCGUGGAAGACCCUGCCAUCGUGGAAGACCCUGUCAUCGUGGAAGAUCCCGUCCCAGUGGAAGAACCAAUGCAAGUGGAUGAACCUGCUCCAGCUCCACCUACACCACCACAGCCUCCACCAACGCCGCCUCCUCCCCCGCCAAAAGCGAAGAAAACCGACCCUCCCCGAAUCCGCCGAUCAACGCGGGUCAAACAACCCGCUCCGCAACCAACCAAACGCACGCUCUUCAAGAAAUCGUCUUCGAAGCAACUCUACAGUUGCGAUCACUGCGACCACACGGACAAGGACGAGGCGGCGCUGAAGGACCACGUCAAGUUCCACUUCCGGGACAUUCUGUUUCCGCGGAGGGUCGACGGGGUCGAGGCGAGGCGCGGUCCGUUCCGGCAAAAGAUCACCAUGGUCGACGAUCCGGAGCAGUCGUUCGAGCUGCGGUUCGAGGAUGAGGAGGAGGAGGAUCAGGGUCAUGAAUAUGAGUGUCCGGAGGAGGAAAGGAUCUUCAUUGAGAUCUAGGGACAGUUUUCUGAGGGUUUGGGGUGGUUCGUGGUGGUAUUAAAUCUUGUGACUUGUUAACAGUUUUGACACGAUGCCUGAGAUUUUCGUACAGUCUUGUUAUUGCGAUCAUAAUAUUCACCUUUUUUUGACAGGAAUGAUGUUAUUACGAUCAAUUUACCCUUUACCCAAUUUGAAAAUUCAUGCUCAAACUCAAUCCAAGUCAAAGAAUCGUCUCUGUGGGAAACUUUCCGCAGUAGGCCUGGCCGCUUUAACAUUUUGGUGCCUCGAUUUGUUGUUAUUUAUUGAAGCAUCGUGUCAAACUUUUUUUUAAAUAAAUUCCUGGUAAUUUUUAUCGUAUUCUUACAAAUCCUAAUCACAGUGUAAAGUUGUUUUGGUACACGGAUAUCCCGAUUUUAAAACCCCUCAAAAUUUAUAAAAACUUUAAUUUGUAAUUUUUCUAUUGUUUUUUUAUUUCAGAUUUGAAUAUUAUUAUUUUUUUCUUGAAUAUUUUUAACAAAAAUAGUUAUUUUGUUUACUACUGUUUUAUAUUUUUUAAAUAUUUUGGGCGAUUUAAUAAAGUUCUGAUCAAUUAUAUGUUUUUAUUAUAUUUCAUUUAACUUUUCUUUUAAAACGUAUGUCCGGUACCUGUUUGAAAAAACUUAAAUGGUUUGAAUUCCUUAACAAGUAAAAAAACAAGUUUUCAAAUUGCAAGACAAUCGCCUUCCCCACCACCCCGAAUCAGUAAAUAGACGUACUAUAUUUUUGAUAUUAGCUAGCUAUUUUACAACGAUAUAACCCUCCACAAAAACACAUGAAUAACAAACAAACACUGUAAAAUCGACCAGUGCACACAUACACAAACAAACACUAUUGACACCUGAAUUUGUUGUAUAAUCAAAACACAAAUCGUAGCAUAAGAAGCAUCCUGAGCGAAAACAAAAAAAAAUAAAGCCCAGGAGUGAAGGUUCUUCGUAGUUUGCCAUUAAACCAAAAUUGGAACAAAUGAGAAAAUCUCAAACAAGUA